AAGAUAACGAUUCGGUUCCAGGCAAUCGGGGGCGCCCCGCCGAUUCUGGUCAAAGUAUUUAAAAUAUCCCGCAACCAGAAAUUCUCCGUUUUGAACAAGUUUCUCCACAAAAGAGUCUAUUCCAAUCGAGGCAACCGAAGCUCUCCUGAACCGGAGGGCCGUAAACAGCUUUUCUUGUACCUACACAACUCUUUUGCUCCUAACGGAGACGAAGUGUUGGGAAACCUUUUCAGUUUAUUCAAGGUGGGGGACGAGUUAAUCGUGAGCUACUGCUUGAACGUGGCUUUUGGAUGA